GGGUCGUGCCACUACGGUACCUGGAUCAUGGAUGCAACAAAGUUCCAAGUUCCAACUGCUCUGCUCCAUAUAUAAUGUCACGGUUGUAGGGGGUUGUAUAGCCUGUCGGUUGUAGGUUGUAGGUUGUACAGAGAGCGCACGAUGGAGGCGGCUUGGAGUGGCGUGCUGGUGGGGGCGGCCACGGUGUUGCUGGGGUUCCUUGCGCUGGUUCUGCUAUGGGGCAGCCGAGCGGCGGGGCCCACGACUGAUGCAGCAGCGGCAAGGGCAGAGACGGCCAAAGCGGUCGCCCCCAAGAAGGGCGUGACGCAUCACAAGGCGGCACCCCGGGCCCCUCUGGCGGCGCACCAUGAGCACCACCCGCUGUGCAUCAACACGCUCAAGGGCCAUGGGGAUGCUGUGCGCGGCCUGGCCUUCACCUCCGAUGGGCGCGGCCUCGCCACAGCCUGUGCGGACGGCUGUGUGCGCGUGUUCAAGUUGGAGGACCUGUAUGCCAAGAGCUUCAAGUUCUUGCGCAUCAAUCUGCCACCAGGCGAGAUCCCGGUUGGAGUGGCCUUUGGGGAGGGCGCGUCGGAGCUGGUGGUGGGCGCGCAGAGCAGCAGCGGCGCCACGCUGAGCCUGUAUGGGCAGGGCAGCGGCACCGCAGCGGCGCAGGCGCGCGAGCAGGGCAAGCUGCCGCCGCCGGAGGUGAAGUGGGCCAAGUCGCGUGUGCACGCGGACAAGGGCAUCCUCACGCUGCACGGAGCGGCGGCCACAGCGGGGAGCGGGGACGGCACCGCCGUGGUGGCCUCGUGCUCAGAAGGGACGGACAUUGCGCUGUUCCACGUGGCAGACGGCCGCGCCGUGGGCCGCGUGGACACAAGCCAGCUGCAGAACCACAUGGCCAGCCUCUCCCCCGACGGCCGCUUCCUGGCAGCAGCCGCCUUCACCGCCGAUGUCAAGGUGUGGGAGCUGGUGCUCACCAAGGACGGCGCGGUGCGCGACGUGGCCAAGGUGAUGCAGCUCAAGGGACACAAGGGUGCGGUUUAUUGGCUGUCGUUCACGGACGAUUCGAAGCGCAUUGUCACGUCGUCCAAGGACGGCACGAUCAAAGUAUGGAAUAUUGAUGUGCGGUACCAGCUGGACGAGGACCCCCGCUGCCUGGCCACGUUCCCGUGCGGCCUGCCCGCCGUGGGCAAGGCGCCGCCCCACUACGACCGGAUCGCGGUGGCGCCGGGGGGCGCCCUGCUGGCGGCGGCCGCGGGGCACACGCUGCACUGGCUGGACCUGCGGACGGGCGCAGUGCUGGAGCGCGCAGAGCACGCACACGAGGGGGAGAUCAGCUGCCUGGCAUGGGCCCCGCAGCCGCGAGGAGCUCUAAUUCUAGCAACGGGCAGCACUGACAAGAAAGUGAAGCUUUGGAAAGCCCCGCCAGUAGAUGGGGAAUCGAAGUAGGACAAACAGCCCUCCACUUUACUUAGUAGAGGGCAGAGGAAUGAAGUUUGAGAGCUGCAUAUGGUCAUGCUUUGCUUUGUUCUAACGAUGGGUUUGACCUUAUGCGAAUGAAGCAAUGAAGCCGAGCACCUAGAUUUUCUGAUCCAGCCUUGCCAAGUGCUAAUACACAAUGUUUGAAGGAUGCUGCAAAUGACUCAAAGAGUAUCUGUAGUCGCUGUAAGCAAGUUUGGCUAAGUUUUGUAUGCUUGUGAGUUGAGUCACGUUGCAAUCUCUUGACCUCAGUUGAGCUGGAUCUUGUGGUUUAAAUGGGCACGCCGCAUUCAACGUCACCUAUCUCUAAUUGAAUAGCAAUUUGACCUAGUUCAGUCGAG